AGAGAGUCCCUUUUGUUGUCAUGGCUUUCGCUGGGCUGCCCGGAAAGACUUUACCGUGGGCCGACUGGCGCGAGUGGCUCCGAUGCUACCAAGGCCUGUCGGGCCAAAGCGUCGAGGGCAAGUUGGAAGCAGUCAAGAUGGUCGACUUAUGGCGGAUCCGUGGUCGGGUACCAAUAGCGGUAGAUUGUACCGGUAUGGUGCUGCAAGUGAUGUGCCAUGACCCCUAUUUCUGUCCGGAGACCACAGCACAGGUCUCCCUAGAUGAGCUCCAGCAGCUCUACAGCUUAGUCGUCAUCCGCCUCUGCAAUGGUGUUAUUGACACCGAGCAGAAGGGGCAGGUCGCCCAGAGUCAGGAUUCCAUCGCCCGUCGGAUAGGAUUCCCAACUUGGUUGGUCGAAUUGCGCCAUGAGGCGACUCACGGCAGUAGUCUGCCGACUAUCCACGUAUUGCGAAUGGCUGCUGAGAGCAUAUUGAGAUACCUCGAUACCAACUACUGGUCACGGCAAUACGCCCAGCUAGAUGCCGAAGGUGUUUUCACAGCAACCGAACCCGAUACCGACUAUGUUGAGGCCCGAUUACCUCGUGGUACUUUCGAGGGCAAAUGUCUCCUCCUUCGGAAGAAGCUCGCCGCACUUGGUCACGGUGUUGGCGUCACUGAAGCAGUGAAGUUCUUCAUCUACCUCCUCAACAAGGUCGCAUCAAAUGAUGACGUCCGCGACAUGUUCCUCAAUGUGGCUCAUAAUGUGUCUCCAGCGACCGAAAAAGGUAUCCACUGCUGCCCGAUCCCAUGACAUCUCCGUAGUAGGUGCCUCAGCUGUUGAUGUCUUGGCCGACUCACUGGACUUCCUCGACGUGAAGCGGCCGGGUCUGAGUCGAAGCUUAGCCCGAUCCCUCCUCCGUGAAGCAGAUGAUGGUAGCUCUGAUGGGAGACGAUCCCUCCAGUGGUCUAAGGCCCUCUUCGGUAGGGCCGCCAUGAGCGGAGCGAAGGAUAUUUACUUCCAAAUGAUUACCACUAAGCCUCUCCUCAUCGAGUGCCUCGGUGACCAACGCCUUAUUGAUGCCUUCAAUUCGAAGAAUGUCUUAGCUGACAAGGCAAUCCUAACAGACAUAGAAGCCAUCGCAGAGCACCUUGACCCCUCGAAGUAGCUAGCGAUGUCAUCAACUCCUACGGCUCUACCUGGCGUUCUUUGCUAACGUAAUACUACUUAUUCCAGC